AUGGAUUCGGUGGGACUCGUCGCCCCUGCCAGCAAACACCUCCCGCUCGCGCUAACCGUGGCCACGACCCUGUCCAACUUGCUGCUAGCCGCCGGCGGCCCCGCCAGCCCCAGCCGCGCCACGUCCACGAUCGCGGCCGCCUUCGAUCCCGACGCUGCCGCCGCCGCCGCCGAGCCGUAUCUGCUGUACGGCGCCACGAACCUGAGCUCUCUAGCGUACCUGGAGGCGAAUGUCACCACGUCGCUCUCGCCGUACCUGCCGGUGGGUGGUGGGGAGGCGGCCGACGCCGCCACGCCGUCGCCGCCGACGCCCGUCAGCCCGUCCACGAUCGUGAUCAGCAUCGUGCUGCUGGCCGUCAUCGUGGGCACCGUCAUCGGCAACAUGCUGGUGUGCGUGGCCGUCUGCCUGGUGCGCAAGCUGCGCCGGCCCUGCAACUACCUGCUCGUGUCGCUCGCCAUCUCCGACCUGUGCGUGGCGCUCCUCGUCAUGCCGCCCGCCCUGCUGUACGAGGUGCUGGAGGAGUGGCGCUUCGGUGAGGUGUUCUGCGACAUCUGGGUCGCGUUCGACGUGCUGUCCUGCACCGCGUCCAUCCUCAACCUGUGCGCCAUCUCGGUCGACCGGUACUGGGCGAUCACGAAGCCGCUCGAGUACGGGGUCAAGCGCACGCCCCGCCGCAUGAUCGCCUGCAUCGUGCUGGUGUGGCUGGCGGCCGCCUGCAUCUCACUGCCGCCGCUGCUGAUCCUCGGCAACGAGCACCAGAUCAACGGGCAGCCGGCCUGCUCGGUGUGCCAGAACUUCUUCUACCAGAUCUACGCCACGCUCGGCUCCUUCUACAUCCCGCUCGCCGUCAUGCUGUUCGUGUACUGCCAGAUCUUCCGGGCGGCCCGGCGCAUCGUGAUGGAGGAGAAGCGAGCCCAGAAGCGGCUCGAGAGUGCCAUCAACGGGGCGACCCUGGUGCAGCAGCAGCAGCAGAAAAAGGUCCUGCCCUUCACCGGGAACCACCAGACCGGAGGUGCGGAGCGUGGCAAGACAAUCCUCGGUACGCGAGCUCCCUCCACGACGACGACGACGACCAGCUCGCCGCAGCACAAACGGCUCCGCUUUCAGCUGGCCAAAGAGCGGAAAGCGUCCACCACGCUCGGCAUCAUCAUGUCCGCGUUCACCAUCUGCUGGCUGCCGUUCUUUAUCCUCGCCCUGGUGCGACCGUUCAUGAAGGACGAUCACCGGACACUGUCGUCGUUCUUCCUCUGGCUCGGGUACGCCAACUCGCUGCUCAACCCGAUCAUCUACGCCACGCUGAACCGCGACUUCCGGAAGCCGUUCCAGGAGAUCCUGUACUUCCGCUGCUCCAGCCUCAACCACAUGAUGCGCGAGGACUUCUACCACAGCCAGUACGGCGAUCCGGGGUCGCAGCGGCUGGUCAUCACGCACGACGGCGGGGCCCGCGAAAGCUUUCUGUGAAGGCUGUGGGUUGG